GAGGGGAGGAGUUGCUGCACUCGCGCUCUCGCUCAUUCCACGUUGACCACCAGGUUCUACAUUUAGCGACAUUUAGCUAACUCAUAAUUACUUUCUGGUUGGAUGUUUUGUGUGAUGAUUGUGACAUGUUGUUGUUGUUGUUGAAGUCAACACGUCAGACAAGAUGGAGGGAGUGUAUGGAAGCAGUACUUGGCCGAGCUGUAAUGUGGAAGUAGAAGGCAAAGUAUUCAACGAUGCAGUCCAUGGUGCAAUCACUCUCCCUCCACUGUGUGUCAGGAUCAUCGAUACCCCACAGUUUCAGCGACUCAGAUUCCUUAAGCAGUUGGGAUCAUGUUUCUUCGUUUACCCAUCUGCUGCUCACAAUCGCUUUGAACAUUCUCUUGGGUUCCUUAAGAUGGUGGGAUCUUGUUACUUUGUGUUUCCUGCAGCGGCACACAACCGCUUCGAGCACAGCUUGGGCGUGUGUCACCUGGCUGGUCAACUAGUGCGUGCCAUCCAAUCUCGUCAGCCAGAGCUGAAGAUAACUAACGAAGAUGUGUUGAGUGUGGAGGUGGCUGGCCUCUGCCAUGACCUGGGGCAUGGCCCAUUCAGCCACCUGUGGGAGGAAUUUGUCAAAAAAUCUCCACGAGAAAAGGAGUGGUCGCAUGAGGAGGCAUCGAAGAUGAUGUUUGAAUAUUUAGUGAAUGUCAAUAAUCUUAAUGAAGAAUUAGAAAACUAUGGCAUAGAUAUUCAGAAUAUUAAGAAACUAAUGUGCGGAAUUGGAUCUAAACAGCGGCAAGAGGAGAAAGCCUUCUUAUAUGAGAUUGUGGCUAAUAAGCGAACAGGUGUUGAUGUCGACAAGUGGGACUAUUUUCUACGUGAUGGUCACAACCUUGGCAUUAAGGUAAAUUUUGACUACAAUCGUCUAGUCAAGUUUUCUCGUGCCAUUAAAGUCGAUGGAGAGUGGCAGAUAUGUGUGCGAGACAAAGAGUGCAACAAUCUUUAUAACAUGUUCCACGCAAGAGAGAGACUUCAUAGAACAGCUUAUCAGCACCGUGUUGUUAAAGUCAUUGACUCAAUGUUGAUUGAUGCCUUUCUCUAUGCAGAUGAACACAUCAAGUAUCGAGGUAAAGACGGCACGCAGUAUGCUUUGAGAAAUGUAUGCAAUGACAUGUCAGCAUAUACCAACCUAGUUGAUAAUGUCUUCCACCGGAUUCUGCUUGCUGAAGGGGAACACCCAGAUAUAAGAAAAGCCAAAGAGAUCCUGGAAAAUGUCUUGAAAAGGAAACUUUAUGUAUAUGUUGGACAGACUCAACACACUGAGAAAAUUAGUGAAGACAAACUUAUGGAUGCCAUAUUAAACAGCAUUCCAACAGGAAGCUCAUUAAAGAAAAAUGAUCUCGGUCUCCAAGUUGUCAAAUUUGAUUAUGGCUUGGGAAAGGAAAACCCAGUGGAAUAUACUAGAUUUUAUAGCAAAAAUUUUCCUAACGACGCUAGAGCCAUGCGGGAAGAAGAGAUCUCCUCAAUGCUUCCUCAGAGAUUUCAAGAAAGACGAUUUCGUUUGAUUUACAAGAGUUAUCAGGAAAAAGAAUUUAAUGAUGCUGAAAAAGCUUUCAAAGAUGCUUGCCAGAAACUAAAUAUGCAGGAGCCUUCUGUUGACUCUUGGCCCAGUCACCUGCCACACAUGAUGCACCAUCACACCAGCGGCUCUGUUGCUCUGAAUGGCAUUGGGGUAUAAAUACUUUGUAGAUUUAUUAUUUUCAAUUUUUUUUAUUUUUUAAAAUUUGAGACAAUCAUUUAUUUUAAUGAUUUUUUUUUAUUUGGGACUGUUUUUGGUUGCAAUUAUCAAUUAACUGCAUUAUAAAACUGGUUUACAAAAUUGUAUACUGUUGCAUUGUAAAUUAAUUAAAUGUUAUGGUCCCUGAGUAAUCAAGUGGAUCAUAAUAGUUUUGUUAUUUUCUUACGAUUGCAAAAUCAGAAUCUGCUUUUUCUAGGAUUAUAAUUUGCUUUUUAUUUGAAUUAUAGUACAGUACUGUUAUUUUUUAAAUAUAAUAUUUAUAUCUGUAGUACAUUUUUCUUUUGUUUUAUCCAAGAUGCAUAUUUUCCUGUAUUAUCUCUCCAACUUGCAAUAAAAAUAACAAAUCCA